CCCAACCCCCACCUCUUAUCCACUGCUAUCCCCCUCCCCUUAUCCCGCUCACACUCCCUUUGCGAGCGUAUACAGACGGGUGCAGUGGUCAUUCAGUCUUCUUACACGACGGGGUUCAGCUGUGCUGGGUGGCACUGUAUCUGUGUUGUCGUGCAGGGGGCCAUAGUGUGUGUCUAUGUUGAGGGUGUCUGUGUGUGUUUAUAUGGGUGUGUAAUCGGGUCACCGAGCAACCCCUCUUUAACCUUAUCUGGCCCGGAUCGUGUGGGCUCUGAUUUCAGGGGUCCAACCACGCCUUGGGCUUUUUAUAGCCUUCAUCCAAUCACAUCGGAUGCCUCUUGUCUGCCGAGCUGCUCGUCUCACUCUAGCCUCCGAGGAUUUCCAAUCGUGUGCCAUACUGUAUUUCAUUGAAUGGCUCCAUUUUUUAUGUUAUGCAGUGGGUGUCAAGGCUUUUUUUCACUGAGAGGAAUUUAAACUUCAACGGAGACUUUGCCAGGAGAGGAUUGUUUUUGUUGGAUUUAUGGCUUUUCAUCGAGGCACUAGUCUCCACGCCACCUUCUUGGAUAUGUAACCUGAGCUGCAGAUAGAUGCUUUCACCAUAUCUGAACUCCUGCCGUAGCAGCAGCAGAACCACACACCACUACGGCACUGGACCACUCCUACAGCAUACAGUGCAUUCUCAGUCUUUGGCCUGAAAUACUCAAAGUACUGUUUGUGGUUCUGGUGCUGUUGGGGCAUUUGUUAUUAUUAGGCUGCACUGACUCGGGCUGUGUAUCGUGGGUACCAGCUGAGGAGAGGCAGUUGCGGCUGUUUGUAUUUUGUUAUUAUUGGACUUAGCCGUGGACGUACCCUGGUAUCGAACUUCGAAGCUUUUGGGGACUAGACUGGAGGUAGGGGAGACUGAACCGCUUCCCUCCGCUGUGGAAAUUGGGUUACCAUGCUGCCCACACAAAAGAAGGAUCAGUUUGAUAACUUGGAGAAGCACACACAGUGGGGGAUUGACUUUGUGGAGAGGUACACCAAAUUUGUCAAAGAGAGGUCGGAAAUCGAGCUCAACUAUGCAAAGCAGAUCAGGAAUCUCUCCAAGAAAUACCAGCCCAAGAAGAACUCCAGAGAAGAGGAGGAGAGCAAGUACAGCUCGUGUCGAGCUUUCCUGACCACGCUGAACGAGCUGCAGGACUACGCGGGGCAGCACGAGCUGGUGGCCGAGAACCUGACGGCGCAGAUCAUCGCCGAGCUCGCCAAGUACACGCAGGAGCUCAAGUCCGAGAGGAAGUCGCAUUUCCACGAUGGACGGAAGGCUCAGCAGCACAUCGAAAACUCCUGGAAGCAACUGGAAGCAUGCAAGAGGCGCUUCGAGAGAGACUGCAAGGAAGCCGACAGGGCCCAGCAGUACUUCGAGAAGAUGGACGCCGACAUCAAUGUGACAAAAGCAGACGUGGAAAAGGCGAGGCAACAGGCCCAAAUGCGUCACCAGAUGGCCUCGGACAGUAAGGGGGAGUACUCCUCGUACCUACAGAAGUUCAACCAGGAACAGAAUGACCAUUACUACACCAUCAUCCCCAACAUAUUUCAGAAAAUCCAGGACAUGGAGGAGAAGAGGAUUGAGAGGCUGGGCGAGUCCAUGCGCACCUUCGCCGAGGUCGACCGCAGCAUCCUGCCCAUCGUGGGCAAGUGCCUGGAUGGCAUGACUAAAGCAGCCGAGUCAAUCGAGUCCAAGAAUGACUCCAAGCAGGUAGUAGACUCUUACAAGUCGGGCUUCGAGCCGCCAGGCGACGUGGAGUUCGAGGACUACGGCCAGGCGAUGAAGAAGGCGGUGUCAGAGACCAGCCUGUCCAACUCGCGCGGCGAGAGCAAGCCCGAGAAGUCCAACAAGAGACAGGGCAAACUGUGGCCUUUCAUCAAGAAGAACAAGCUUAUGACCCUCUUAACGUCCCCGCACCCGCCCCAGCCGCCCCCGGCCCCCCCUUCCUCCUCCUCCUCCUCCACCCUCCCCGCCCCCUCCUCCUCCUCCUCCUCCACCGCCCCUCGCUCCCCCUCCUCCUCCUCCUCACCUUCUGCUGUUCCCAACGACCCCCAGUCACCCAAGCAGCCGCGCGAGCCGCUGGGCCACCGCCUCAACGACCUCAUGACCUCCAAGUCCAAAAUGCACUGCCUCCGGAGCCUCAAGCGAGGGCUCACACUCAAUUCCCACGUUCGGAGUCUGAUUGAGGGUGGUGGACCUGAGGACUUCAGCCAUCUUCCACCGGAGCAGCGGAGGAAGAAGCUCCAAGCCAAGAUAGACGACAUCAGCAAAGACAUUCAGAAGGAAGUGGACCAGAGAGAUGCUUUGACGAAAAUGAAGGACGUGUACAUUAAGAAUCCUCAGAUGGGUGACCCCACGAGUCUGGACCCCAGGCUGGGCGAGAUCGCUCAGAACAUCGACAAGCUACAGGCAGAGGUCCAGAAGUUUGAGGGAUGGCUUGCGGAGGUAGAGGGCAGGAUGCCAGCGAAAAGUGACCCGCCCUCCAAGAGGCAGAGUGCAGUAUUCGAGACACAGAACAAUGCGCCGCCGGUGACCAACAACUGUGCACAGGACAGGGAAAGCAGCCCAGAUGGCAGUUACACAGAGGAGCCCAGCUCCGAGCCAGGCCAGCCCCCGGUCAAGCCCGCGGACCCCGAGUUCGAUGACGAGUUUGAGGAGGAGGAAGUCCUGCCUACCAUCGGCACCUGCAAAGCUCUGUACCCCUUUGAAGGUAUAGCUAAUACCUGCACGAACGAGGGCACCAUCUCAAUAACGGAGGGCGAGCUGCUGUACGUCAUCGAGGAGGACAAGGGUGACGGCUGGACGCGCGUACGCAGGAAUGAAGAGCAGGAGGGAUACGUGCCCACCUCUUAUGUGGAAGUCUUUCUGGACAACAACACCAAAGAGCUGUGGGGGUCACUGGCGAUGGAAUUCCCGUGGCUUAGCUGAUUCCUAAAAGAGUGUGAUACCGGAAGUGGAAGGUAAAGGACACGCUGCCUGGUCUGAAAUAAACUGUAUUCAGAAAGUGUAAAAAAAAGAGAGCUGGAGUGGGGAAAACGUUUGGGAGGGAGGAGAUGAAGAGAGCUGAUAGAAGAGGAAUAUCACAUUUUUUUAAGCUUUGAUACUUCCGAAAUCUUUUGUGUCUGAAUCUCUGGCUGUCAGUGGAGUGGGAAACUGACAUCAGAAAAAAACAACCUGGGUCAAAAAAUUGUCAAGAAGAGUCAGCUCCCUUACAUGUUUUAUUUCUUUUUAUAUAUAUAUAUAAAAAUACUCCUUACUUUUGUCUCUGAUUCAGCUCUGGUGUCCGCCGCGAGUGCACUGUUGUCAUGUGGUGUGUCGUCCAGUCACUCUAGGGGGUUUACACACUUCUGUCACAAACGUUGCACUGUCUUUUGCUGCUGCUGCUAUUGCUUCUUCCUGCUCUCUGAGACACGUGGCUUUGGUGACCCUCCGCUGGCAUGUGAUACAGUCUUGCCAUCUCCAUCGUCCUCAAGGAGGGUCUUAUCGUCCACGUGUUGCUCAGUACUCGCUUCUCAUACCCUUCGGUUGCCACUCUGUCUCUCUUUUCUGUUCACUUUCUCAAUCACCCAGCUCGGCUCCCUUUCUUAUAAGGAAUAUGCCACUGAAGGCCAGAGAUGGCAAAGACGGAGCUUGAUUUACUCUAAGCCCUGGAGGCUGCUUCAUGGAACUGGAUAAGAAUUGUAUGUGUAUUGGUGGAAGCCGUGCAAGUCAACACAUGCCGAAUGGGCCCGUUGAACAAGAAUGUCUAGUGUAGUAUGUCAUCGGUGAUCUAAAAUCAUAUAGCAGAAGCUUGACAGCCAUAACUCAAGCACAUAGCUGAGUGUUGGGCAAUGACACCUAUUCCAGUACUAACAUGGGGUGCCCUCUGAAGUGUGCCAUCUGUCUCACGGCAGGGCAGGGUGGCAUGGGUCUCUCGUGCACCCUUGCUCUCCGUGUUCCACUCCCAGUUUAGCUACACACGUCAUAAAUACGUCUGUGUGACAAACUGGCAUCACUGUCCCUCUGGGUUGAGUUCCUUCUUGACCUAAAUGCCAUUUGCGUAUCUUGUCCUUUUUUUUGUUUUGUUGCUUUUGUAUUUUUCUUUGCCUACGUAGAGCCAUCACAUCUUAAUCUAUUACCAACCCAGACAUCAAUCAUCAGGGUCUACAUCUUAUUUUCUUUGUUAAUAAGGUGUACACAUUGUAUGCAUUCAUUUCAGAUGUACUGUGAGUGAAUAUGAAACAGGUCUUGUCAUUUCACGUGUGUGUUGUUGGAACAUGACCGGCUUACGUGUUUUGAAUUCAUAAUGGGUUAUUUUACCCAUGAUGCUUUGCAACACAGCUACUGUUCAGCUACAGUUGAGUCCGUGCGUACAUUUUUUUACUCAACAAACCUUCGACUACCAUGUCAAGCCUUAAAGAGGCAUGAAUAAGAGAUUGAACCAGACUCCAUUUUAUGAAUACCAUGCCGUGUAAUGAUCUGUGGAAUAAUUCUUUUAACAGGCUUUAAUUUUGUAUUUGGCAAGGUGCUGCUCAUCAGGCACCUAAAAGCACAUGUGAUUUUAGUUUAAUAUUGUUUUCUUUCAUAGAUGGGGGUGACUGUGUUACAUAUGACUUUGGGACGAAGGAGCAAGUUUUUUUUAGAUCCUAAUGCUUUUUGUUUUGUAGCGUUUUUAAUUGUUUUCUAUUGCUGGAAAAUCUGACUUGCACCUGAAUCACGUAUGCCCAUGACCAAACCACACACAAGAAGCAUCACAGAGCGUCACCACUGACCUUAAGUGCAGUCAAGGACCUGAUGUUGUGUGGUGCGCAUUACAUUGUUUUGUUUCUCUUGAGGAAGCCAGAAAGUUGUGUCUGGGAGAUGUUCAAUGAAAAAAAAAAAGUUUAUAAAAUGUAUUUACUUGAGGAACAUUAAAAAACAAGACGUCUGAAGUGCUAUUGAUGUAAAUACGAAAUCAAGAAAUAUUAAUAAAUACCCAAAAUUAACUCACAUAGAACCCCAGUCAAGAUAAAAAAAAACCAUGCAUCAAAAACUCAUUACUUCCAUCUUUCCGUCCAACCCAAUGGAGACGUGUGUAGAUACGAGGCAAAUGCUGUUGUUCUUUUUUUUUUAUUUGCUGCUCUGUUACAUUGUUAGUGGGAAAGGGCUACGGAGCAAGCUGCUGUCUGGGACAUUAGCAGCAGACUCUGGGCUGUGUGACAUCCCAACACCCCCAGACUCGGAUAAGGCUGUUGGAUAUCACCAGGAGUAAGACCUGCGUCACUAACACAGAGACACAAACAUACAUACAGUACACACACGUCAGGAGAAAGGCGCUCUCCUUGCUCCUCACAGUCUCUCUAUUGCUCAGACCACACAGACGUGGCCCUUCUGUACAGACCCAACGCCUGGCCACCCGAGAGCAGAGAGUAUAUAAAUAUAUAGAUAAGAGAAUAAACUUAAGAAAAAAGGAGAGAGAGAGAGUCUAUUUUUAAGGUUUAACUAUUUGAAGGUGUUUUUUUUCCUGCUUUGCUAAAUUCAACCUUUUUUUCUUUUUAUUUCAUGGUUCAGUUUGAUUACAUGUCCAAACAAUGUGUUUUGCACUUUUUUUUCGUUUGUUCCAUUUGGUAUGCUUGUUUCUCAGCACUGAAUAUGUUGUAUUGUGUUAACUGUGCCAAUUAAACAUACAGAAAAUAAA